GAAAUAUAUUUUUGCAAUGAACCUGAUGAGAUAAAACAAAAAGUAUAGAACAGAACGUCUUAAAUUAAAAUUGAGUAGUCGAUAAAAAGUUGUUACCAUCUAACAAAAAGUGAUCAUUACUUAGUAAAAACAAAAACAGGCGCUUUGUGGAAUCUAUGAAUCUAUUCAUAAAUUCAACAGUGUUAACCUAGAAGAAAUUCGUCACAGCAACAGCAACAGACUCAUCAAGUAUAAUUUGAGUAAGAUCGUCUAAGCUCGACAGUAAUCGACUAAAAAAGUGUGCAGACUGCCUUAACUCAAUACUGCGUUGCGCGUUCCGCUAAAAUCGGUUAGAAAUACAUUUUCGAAAGAAAAAAAAAGAGAUCGUGUAUGGUGGUGUUACCUUUACCCUAACCCCGUCUACAAAAUGUCGGGAGACGUACAACCGAGGAAAAGAAAGGACAAGAAAAAAAGAAAAGACGAUGGAGACCAAAUUCCUGAAAAGCUCCACGUUCCUCUUCUUACUAAUAAUAAUUUAAAUAAUGAAGAUGUUAACAUUCACCUUCACAAGGAUGAAGGGACAGGGGGUGGAAUUUGUGCAAAGUUUGUGUUUUUCAUUUUAUUCUCUGCAUUAACUGUACUUAUUGGCCUUAUAAUUACAGAGUAUAGAGGACUGACAGAUCUUGAAACGACAGAUCCGAAUUCUAAAUUUUCUCAGUUAUUUGAAGGCUGGGUUGACUCUAAUAAUCAUGAUGAUCACGAUGAACACGUUUUAGAUGCUAUCGAUGUUGACCACGACGAAAAUCACGGUGAAGAUCACAACGAUAUUUCAUACGAAGAAGAUCGUGGCGAUGAUGUAGACGAAGAAGGUAAUGAGGAUAAUUCGGAUGAAGAUGAUCAUGACGAUGAAGAAUUAGUUGAUGCUAGAAAUAGCGAAGAGCAAGAUGAGAAUGAUGAGGAAUUAGAACCUAUAGAUGACAGUUAUGAAGAUGAAGAACCUGAAGAGGAGGAUAGAGAGGAAAUAGAUGACGAGGAAGAAGAUGAUGAGGAUAUUGAUUCCGUAGAGGAAGCUAAAGAAUUCGUUGCUUCUGAAGAAGAUGAUAUUGAACAAGAUGAGGAUGAGCCUGACGAUAACCAAAAUGAAGAUUAUAAGCAUAAAGAACUAGAUGAUAAUGAACAAAAAGAUUUUAAUGAAAAAGAUGAAGAUGACGAUGAAGACAUAGAACAAGAUGAUGAAGACCAGGAAGAUGAAGACCAAAAAUAUGAAGAUCAAGAAGAUGAAGAACUUAAAAAUGAGAAAGUUAGUACCGAAAAUAGACUUGUUUCUGAAGAAAAAUUGGCUGAUGAUAAGGAUAUUGAAAACAAAGAGGGCGAUCUUGAUCUUCAUCAGGAAGAGGAACUAAAUGAAGAUAUAACUUCCGAUAAAGAUAGCAAAGAAAAAAGUCAAAACAAUAACGAUGUAGAUAAUGAUAACAUAGAUGAAAAAAAAGAGGAAAAUAUACAGCUGAAAUCAAAAACAAAGGAAACUGUUGAACAAGACCAAGAAAAAAUAGGAAAUGGCAGCGUAGAAAGUUCCGGUAUGGCCGUGAAAAUUGGUGUUGGGCUAGCCCUUCUAGUGGUUGCGCAUCUCGUGUUGGUAAAAAAAUGGAGAAACGCUGGUGAUGAUACGCUGCCAUUCGAUAAACCACCUCCAGUAAUCCAAGAUCGAAGAAAUACAAUAAUUGUCCCUCGAGCAUUCAAAGAAGUAGAACCAGAUAUGGAGCAGGUUCAAGAAGACUUUUCUGAUGAGGACGAAGGGGAGGGAGAUGACGAGAACAAUAUGGAAGAAAGAUCAGAUGUUAAUUCUACUAAAGCUAAAUAUGAAGAACUUGCAACUGCCUACACACGACCUGUUUUACAAUCAAAUCUCAACAAUGAAGAUAUUCACGGAGACUACGAGUACGACGACGAAGAAGACGAACAAUACGAAGAGGAAAUCGAAGAAGAAGAGGCAUCUGAAGAAGAAGAGGAAGAAGAAUAUGACAAUGAAGAAGCUGAAGAUGUGGAUGACGAAGAUGAGGAAUUGCUUCAACGACUGGAGGCUCGAUAUGGAAAACUUCAAAAAGAUAAUGACACUAAAUCCACAGAAAACAGAGAUUUUGACUUUGCUCAGAGGUUAGAAGUUAAUGAGUAUGAAUAUACCAAUAUAACAAAUGAUGAUGACUAUAAUAUUAAAGACGACCUUGAUGAGGCACAAAAUUCCGUUGAAAAUGAUACUUCGCAUGCAAUUGUGCUUUUUGAUAAGAUCCUCCAAAAAUUCCCAUUCUCACCUCGAUCUCUCUUCGGAAAAGCAUUGGCAUUAGACAUUCUGGCAGAUAAAAAAAGAAGCAAUGACAUACUAAAGAAAUCUCUUCAUAUUUAUGUACAGUUACUUCAAACAAAAAAAGUACCACCAGCUUUAUAUCAACUAGCUGCAGAGAGAUGUAUAAAUCGAAUGAGAUUUAUAGGACAAUAUAAGAAUACUAUUGCCAUACAUAAACUAAUUAUAAAUAGAUUUCCGAACGACCCGAAACAUUUAAAUAAUUUGGUAGUCACUUAUUUAACUAUUAAUAGGAUAGAAGAUGCAAAAUCUAUAUUGAAACAGAUAUUAAGGAAAUGGCCAGAGAAUGGUUUUGCUUUGGUUCAUUAUGGCUUCAUUUUAAAAACUUGGGAUAACGAUUUAGAAAAAGCUGUACUUUAUCUUAAAAGAGGGAUAAGCACCAAGGAGGAAGGUGUAAUUGAUGGUAGAUUUUAUUUCCAUCUUGGAGAUGCUUUAGUUCGUUUAGGUAAACCCGAGGAAGCUGCUGAGAUUUAUGAAGAAGGAAGAAUAAAUAAAUUAUUUUUAUCUAAAAACCAAAGAUCUUUAUAUAAUGUUCCACACUUAUCGGCCAAACCAUGGUGGAACUCCAAGGAUGUUCCAUCUUACUCAAAAUCUCUCGAUUUAUUAGCAGCUUCAUGGAAACAAAUAAGAAAAGAGGGUUUAUCUAUCUUAAAUGAGAAAGGAUAUUUUAAAGAUGAAUCUGAAAACCUAAAACAUACUGGUGAAUGGAAACAAUUCGAAUUAUAUACAAGAGGGCAAAAAAACAUUGAAAAUUGUAAAAUUUGUCCGAUUACGUGUAGUAUAAUUUAUCAAAUCCCAGAAGCCAGGACUUGUAAGAGAGGACAAACUAAGUUUAGUGUUAUGCAUCCUGGUACACAUAUAUGGCCUCAUUGUGGUCCUACAAACUGUCGACUAAGAGUACAUUUAGGUCUUAAAAUUCCUUCGAAUACUUUUAUAAGAGUGGCAGAUGAUGUCAAAAGUUGGAAAGAAGGUGAAGUACUUAUUUUUGAUGAUAGCUUUGAACAUGAAGUAUGGCAUAAUGGAACAGAUUUUCGUUUGAUUUUAAUUAUGGAUAUAUGGCAUCCAGAACUAACACUGUCUGAAAUAAAUAGUCUUUCACCAAUUUAAUUAUAUGAAUAUCUAUCAUCUUCCAUGAAAUAUUUAUGGGUCUGUGUUUAUUAAACGUUACAUAUUUUUCACAA